AGUGACAACACACAAAAACAAACCUUCGUUAUAUUUUUGCGUUUUACUUUUUGUUUAUUUAUAAUUUAAAACAUGGUUAAAGCCUGGUAUAUGGAUAAUGAUCCCAGUGAUCAGCGACUCGAGCAUCAUCGUACUCCCCCGGAGUUGAUCUCGCUCGAGGAUUUGUUCAAGAAAACGGGCGUUGAAUAUUUCAGUUUGAACGUGAAUACAUUCAAAACUGACGGUGUACUCGACCAACUAAAGAAAGAGCGUGGAUACACAUAUGAAGAUGAGAUUACUUGCUCCAAAGAAUGUCUCCAGAAUUAUGAAGAAAAGUUGAAAUCAUUCUAUCAAGAACACCUGCACACUGAUGAAGAAAUCAGGUUUGUGCUUGAUGGAUCUGGAUAUUUUGAUGUGCGAGAUGGGACAGAUCAAUGGAUCCGCAUCGCUGUGACGGCUGGAGACAUGAUUAUCAUACCAAGUGGCAUUUACCACCGUUUUACACUGGAUACAAAUAACUACAUCAAGGCAAAGCGCUUCUUUAUCGGUGAACCAGUCUGGCUGCCAUACAACAGACCUGCUGAUGAAAUGGACUGCCGGAAGGAAUACCUCGACAAACUGGACAAGGGCUUUGUCUCUGUUUACUAAAAUCAUAUAAAUUACUUGCAUUCAUUGUGAUAUUUAUGUAAAAAGUUUUACACAAGUUAUAUUACUCAAUUCUUUUUUUAUAAUGUCUAUUCCAGUAAAAUGGUUAUUUUUUUCCAGUAAUAUUUGGCUUAGUAUAUGGCCAAAGGUUUUAUAAAGUUAAGAGCAUUAUUUACUAUUAGUGUUGGAUGUUAAAAAUAAAUUGUUUUACCGCAA